GUUAAGAUCUACUAAAAUGUUUCUUGUCUUUUGCAGACGUGAAUUUAGAAUCUCCCAGACGGGGAUUCGGCAACUCCGUUCCACCGGAAAUCGCUCCUGGUUAGCAACGUACCAGAGACACGAUGUCUUCUGGAAAUGACCGUCAAGCCCAGACGUUCACCAAACCAGCGCUCGGUGAAAAAGAAGCGACUGAAUUGGUUGACAGGGUGUUUGGAUUAAAAGUGUCUUGGAUCAGGCCGCUCCCCAGCUAUGAUGAUCAGAAUUUCCACGUGUGUGUCUCAAGAAGCAAAGGUGCAGCUGAAGGUGCUGAUGAGUAUGUCCUCAAAAUCACCAAUUUGGAAGACAGCCAGGAGCCUGACCUCAUUGAAGCGCAGACCCAGGCCAUGAUGUUUCUCAGCGCCGAAGGCUUUCCUUCAGCUACUCCUCAUCUUACAAAAGAUGGUAACAUAAUGUCUCUGGAGUCAGGAGAUACUGGACCUGGGAACAAAAAGUACAUGGUCAGACUGCUGACUUACCUGCCAGGGACACCUGUAGCGAAAAUUGCUACAAAUACUCAGAUUUUCUAUGAGAUUGGUAAGCUAGCUGCCAGUUUGGAUAAAGCUCUCUCAGAGAAAUUCCAUCAUCCAUCAGUAAAAAGUCUGCAUCGAGGUCAGUUCAUUUGGAACCUGGCAAAUGUUCCUCUUCUAGAUCAGUACAUUUAUGCCUUGGGCCAGAACAAAUAUCGUGAAGUUGUGGAACAAGUUAUCGAGCAGUUUAAAGGGAAAGUAAUACCCAAGCUAAGCAGUUUUCGAGCCUGCAUCAAUCAUGGAGAUCUUAAUGACCACAAUAUUCUAGUAGACUCCAGCUCUGCCUCCCUGGAGAAUCCUCAGUACAGAGUGUCCGGCAUCCUGGAUUUUAGCGACAUGAGUUACGGGUAUUAUGUGUUUGAAGCGGCAAUAGCUAUCAUGUACAUGAUGAUUGAGAGCCCAGAUCCUCUGAGCGUCGGAGGCCAUGUUCUGGCCGGGUUUGAAAGCGUCCUGCCACUCACAGAGGAGGAGAGAGGUGCCCUCUUUCUCUUGGUGAGCGGGAGGUUUUCUCAGUCCCUCGUCAUCGCAGCCCACACGGCUCUGCUGUACCCGGAGAACGAGGAGUACCUCAUGAUCACCGCCAAAACCGGAUGGAAGCACUUAAUGACCAUGUUCGAGGUGGGCCAAGAAGCUGUGGAGAAGACGUGGUUUGAGACGGCCGAAGCCUACACCAGCCGCGCGCCCGCCCAGUAGAUCGCUGGCUGCCGCCGGCCCCGCUCGCUGACGCCCGGCUCUCUCCAAUAAAGGCGGCGCUGCCUGUGCUGGAG